AUGUCAACAUCUUCACUAUCGCCGGCGUCCUCGGUGGCGAAUUCUUCGGCAGUGACCCUCGAGAGUCUCACGCUACCGCAGCUAAGUCAGAUCAAGCGCCAGCUUGAUGAAGAGCUCGAGCACCUCACUACCUCUUUUGCGCAGCUCCGCGCUGCGAUGGCUAGGUUUCGCGAGUGUCGUCGUUCGCUAGAUUCUGGCGUUACGCCCGCUAUAAAGGAAAAGCCUCUGCUCGUGCCGCUCACAACAUCGCUCUAUGUUUCUGGGACUCUCGCAGAUACUGAGCAUGUCAUCGUUGAUGUUGGCACAGGCUUCUUCCUCGAGAAAACUGUCACGGAAGCCGACAAAUUUUACGAGAACAAAAUUAAUGAGCUAGCGUCGAAUCUCAAGGACUUAGAGGCCAUAGUGCAGGGUAAAUCAAAUAGUCUGCGAGCGGUCGAGGAUGUACUACGCCAGAAGGUCCUUCGCGAAGGGUCCGUCCCCAAAACUGCUACAACCUAA